AUAGGUCAAUGUGAACCGGAAGACAAUAAUAAAAUGCUUUGUAAACGUCCGUAAGCGUCGCGCACUUGUUGAUUACUGUCGCGAAAUUCCGUAUUGUCAGUAAAAUACUUCCGAGUUUCUUUGGCAUGUCCUUUCAGUUUAAUUGUAUAAAUAUUGUAUAACGUUAUUGUUGUAUUGACGCGUCAUUGAUGAAGUAUCGGUUGCUCGGGAGUGUGUAGGAGUGCCGCGCUGACUUUCAAUUCCACAAAUAUGAUUAGUGUAUGGUGGCGCGGUCAACAGAGUUUACAUGCUACAACGCGUUAAAAGGACAUUGCCCGUAAUCGAAGUGAAUGAUGGCUCGUUACAGCCGUAAUAAGCAACAAUUGCUAUCAAUAUAACAAAUGACUAUUGGAUUGUGACACAAUUUGCACCAACAAAAAUAAUGAGGAAUACGCUUACUCAUAUACAUACACACAUUCAGCGACAGAAAACCGUAGCUCAUUAGUCUUGAGUUAAGCUGCCAAGUUGGCAAUUAUUGUUCGCAUAUAAACUUGUGUUGGAUAAAAAUCUAAGGCCGUUCCGAUUAUGUGUACCCAACUGUCUUCUGAACUAACAUAACUAUCUUCGCACUCACCGAACAUCGAGUCUAACGCAGUAAUGGCACGUAAAGCGCUCCACGAAGUGCACGACAGUUAAGAAAUAAACCACGAAAGAUGUCGCUGUUGCGUACUGUAUUGUUGCUGGCUUUCGGUGCCACCGUCGCCUUGGCUCAACGUCGUCUAGCGUUGCCGGAUCCACGGAGUUGCGCCAAUCGUGUUCGCCAUGCCACGUACCGUGAUGCGCGCGGCGUUGCCCACUCGUACUUCUUCAGCUGGGAGCAUGCGCCGACGCGCAGUCUCGAAGUCGACUGGUUGGAUGCGCGCAACAUUUGCCGUCGCCACUGCAUGGACGCCGUUUCGCUGGAGACACCACAGGAGAAUGAAUUCAUCAAGCAGCGCAUAGCGCGUGGCAAUGUGCGUUACAUCUGGACUUCGGGUCGUAAGUGCAAUUUCGCUGGCUGUGAUCGUCCCGACUUGCAGCCACCAAAUGAGAAUGGCUGGUUCUGGUCGGGUUCGGGCGCCAAAAUCGGACCCACCUCGCAGCGCAACACCGGCGAUUGGUCACACACCGGCGGCUACAAUCAACCACAACCGGACAAUCGUGAGGCUGCACAGGGCAACGAUGAGUCGUGCUUGUCGAUUUUGAAUAAUUUCUAUAACGAUGGACUCAAGUGGCACGAUGUGGCUUGCCAUCAUUUGAAGCCGUUCGUGUGCGAGGACUCCGACGAGCUGUUGAACUUUGUGCGUUCACGCAAUGCUGGUAUUCGUCUGUAAGUUGGCGCCCACUGUAUGCUAAUGGAACGGGUGUGCUGGUUUUACUGUUAGUUUUGUCAUGGCAUGAUGGAAUGUGACGCUUGUGGAUGCAUGGAACGUGACCUUUGUUGCUGUUUUUGUUUAUGUUUAUGAUUUAUUUGUAUUAUUAUUUGUGAAGUUUUUGUUUAAGGCUUACCGAUUUGUUUCGCAAUUGGCAAGAAAUUUUCGAAGGUUUGAACAAAAAACGCUGUUUUAGUUUUUAAGUGGAAUUUGAAAUUAAUUUAUGUUAAAAUUACAAAUAAAAUCGAAAAACUUUGUUGAAAAUA